AUGGAUGAAACCAUAAGAAAGAUUGACAUAUUUAUAAUAAUAGGAAUAGCAAUUGGAUGUGGAAUUUUUUCUGAAUUUUUAAGCUGGUUAUUUGUAUAUAGAAAAGAUACAUUUAAAUCUUUAAAUGAAGAAAUAAAAGUAUUAUAUGAAAAAGUUCAAAAAGAAAAAGAAGAUGGUUUAAUAAGUAAAUUAGAUCAAAAGAAGGGGAAAAAAAAAAUUUCCACUGAAGAAAUUUAUAUGCAAAAAACAAAAAUGAUGACAUCGUUAAAAACAAAAUCAAAUGUAAUAACUGGUUUAAUAUUUAUGUCAAUGAUGCCCAUUUUAUUUAGUUUAUUUGAAGGACUAACAAUAGCUAUUUUACCUUUUAAACCAAUUUUCCCCUUUACAUUAAUAACUCAUGCAGGUGUGCAAGAAAAAAAUUUAUAUCAUUGCUCAUCAACUUUUAUUUAUACAUUAACCCUUAUGCUAACUAGACAAAAUAUACAAAAAUUUUUUGGGUAUGCUCCACCAUCUGGAAUGUUUGGAGAUUUUAAAAUGCCUGAUGAGCAAGCUGAUAUAUGGAAAUAA